AUUCCAAUCGGACCACGCUGCUUGUUUUUGGAUCCCAGUCCGCGAUCUUUCCCGAAGAACCCCCAUUCCCGCUUCCUCCGGCGUCAGUCCUCGGUGGCGAUCACCUCCUCCGGCGACACUAUCUCGGCGGCUACCACCACAUAAUCUAUAUACUCACAAGUCAUCUUCAUUCGGCAGCUAAGAGAUUGGACAAAAUGUCUGGGCAAUCACAGCGCUUGAAUGUUGUUCCUACUGUUACAAUGCUUGGAGUUGUGAAAGCUCGCCUUGUGGGUGCAACGAGAGGUCAUGCUUUGCUCAAGAAGAAAAGUGAUGCUUUGACUGUGCAAUUUCGACAGAUUCUCAAGAAGAUUGUGUCUGCCAAGGAGUCAAUGGGUGAAAUUUUGAAAAGUUCCUAUUUUUCUCUGACAGAAGCUAAAUAUGUGGCUGGUGACAACAUCAAACAUGUUGUCCUUGAAAAUGUUCAGAAUGCAUCACUUAAAGUGCGAUCGCACCAAGAAAAUAUUGCCGGUGUGAAGCUCCCUAAAUUUGAAUAUUUCACUGAUGGAGAGACAAAAAAUGACCUGACUGGGUUAGCAAGAGGUGGACAACAGGUGCAGGCUUGCCGAACUGCUUAUGUUAAAGCAAUUGAGGUGCUUGUUGAGCUUGCAUCUCUUCAGACUUCAUUUUUGACUCUGGAUGAGGCAAUUAAAACUACAAAUCGCAGGGUCAAUGCACUUGAGAAUGUUGUGAAGCCUCGGUUGGAGAACACAAUAAGUUACAUUAAGGGAGAACUGGAUGAAUUGGAAAGAGAGGAUUUCUUCAGGCUGAAGAAGAUACAAGGUUACAAGAAAAAAGAGAUUGACAGACAGGUUGCUGCUGCGAAGGCCUUUGCUGAGGAAAAAGUUGCUGCGGACAUUGCUUUGAAGAAAGGUUUUCCACUUAAUUCAGCCCACGACUUGUUAACCCAAGCUUCAAAGAAAGACGAGGAUAUCAUUUUCUGAACGGAGGCCUUGAGUCGUUCCAAACAUGUGACAUGUUCCUUUCAUUUUGCUGUUUGUUCUAUGUUACAGGAAUAGAAGUUAUUACUAGAUGAACUAGGCUUUGUUUUUUGAAUAAGAGUUCGACCCUUGUUUGUACUUAUCAGAUCAAAUUAAGACUUGAAUCCUCAAUCUAGGGAUCAGACAACAUUCUAUUGGUUUUAAAUGCCCUAUUCUGUAAAACCCAAGAGGUUGGUUUGUAUCAAGGUCUUUGUGAGUUAAUUCGUUCAUCUUUUGCAUCAGCAAGAUUUAUUGAAUUUGGAUAAUUUAUCGCCAA